AUGUCGUGUCAGUAUCCUGAUUCUAACGAGUCUGACCCAGCGUGGGGUUGCUGGACUUCUGCUGAUGAGCUAAAUAGACCAUCAAUUAAGAUCUUAUUCCCCACCAUUGAAAGAGUGAAAAAUGGACGGCGUGGCAUUUGGGAUUCUAGGCACUUACUUUCUCUGUCAGAGAGAACCUGGCAAAGGUUGACAACUACUGGUAUAUUUCAUGAUGCCAUUCCUUGUCCAUGUGAAAGGCUAGGAUACCCAAUGCAUGUCAAGGUAGCUCAGAGACGUUUCCAAUCUGGAAAUGGUAUGUUCUCAUUUGGUUGGAUAUAUAUUGGGUCACACAAUUUCAGUCCUGCUGCUUGGGGAAACACAUUGCUUUCUUCGUCAGAAUCAAAGGCUCCAAAACUGCAUAUUUAUGAGCUUGGUGUCGUCUUGAUUGUGCCCCCGCCAGAUCUUUCGGAUACAGAUGGUAGAAACAGAUUUAAUCUUGAUGAUUUCGUUCUGCCAUUUGUCAUGCCUGCACCAGAGUACCAAGAUGGUGAUAGACCAGCUACAGCACAAGCCAUGCGAGAGGCCUGUGUUGAAGUCACUUCAUCAAAGGUAUUCUUGUCAGAAGAUGCAACGGAAGAACUGAACGACGAUAUCCUAGAUGAAGAAGUAACUUUUGAGGAAUCCGACUUUUCCAUCCAGGAGAGUGAAGAAGAGAAAAUUUAUGCUGAGAUGCUUUGGGGUCAAGUGGACUCUGCUGGAAUCUCUUUGUGAAGUAAUGCAGUUUCUAAAUGUA